GUGUUCUCCUCGUGCUCAUGAAACUCUCGCAACUGUUGCUCUCGCUCGCGCUCUACGUUCUCGGAGUCAAUGGCUUGCAGAGCUGCAAGCUCCCCAUGAGCCGUGUGGCGCGGUCCCGAGGAAUUCUGUCUGGUCUCAGCGCUCACAGUAAACUGGCGAACACGAAAGAAUACGCGUACAUGGUCAAGAUUCAACUAGGAGACCAGGACUUCUCUGCACUCCUUGACACAGGCUCCUCGGACUUUUGGAUCGUAUCUACGGACUGCAUUUCGCCUGACUGCGCUGCUGUUGCUCGGUACUCUACCAACAGCUCACGAUCUCUCAUCCCGACUACGACGCCCUUCGUUCUAACCUACCUCCUCGGCUCCGUCACUGGCUACGUCGCCUACGAAACUGUCUUUCUCGGGAUCUACGAGAUAGCGUCCCAAGCCUUUGCAAUCGCCAACAACACCCAAGACCUCGGCCUUUCCGCGACCGGCAAUUCGGGCGUCCUCGGCCUCUGCUUCCCCUCCUCCGCGAGCAUCCCCGCCACCGCGGGCAAGACCCUCCUCGAGAACCUCUUCGCCAGCUUCCCCGAGGACCAGCGCUUCUUCGCCUUCAGGCUCGGCAGGCAGACCGGUUUGAGCGACCCGACGUCGUCUUUCACUAUAGGCGAGCUUGACACGGAAAUCACGAACAGCACAGCACCGCUCUCCUUCUAUCCGGUCGUGGCGAACAGCGAUGGCGCGUAUGAUUACUGGAAGCUCGAACUGCGUCGCCUAACGAUCAAUGGGACGGUGUUCCCGCUGUCGCCUUCGCUGGUGCCGGGUGCCGCCAGCCCCAUCGCGGUCCUGGACACGGGCACGACGCUCAUGCUGGGCCCCACCAUCGACGUCGACGCGUUUUGGAACUCCAUCGGCUCGCCCGCCAUCGUGCGCAAGAGUCCUCAAGGCGGCAUGUGGGAGGUGCGUUGCGAGAGGAGCUUGCUUGUCGGCUUAGUGCUGGGCGACGACGAUCGCGAAUUUCCGAUCGACCCGCAGGAUACGAACUGGGACCAGAAGCAGAGCGCGGACGGGUGGUGUACGGGCGGGAUUCAGGCGAAUGAUGGGGUGGUGUCGGGCGAUUGGCUGUUGGGGGAUAUAUUUUUGAGGAACGUCUACGUCGUCCACCACGGCGCCAACUCGACCCACCCACCCCUCAUCGGGCUCACGAACGUCACCGACCCGCAAGACGCCCUCCAGCGCUUCCGCGACGUCCGCGGCGCGGACGUCUCGCCACCCACCACGCUUCAUAUCCAGGAAAGUCGGGCGAAUAAGGGCUCGUCGUCGAUGCUGCUGUAUACUUUGUCGUCUGCUGGAGGGUUUGUGGGGGGCGGGAUUAUCACGUUUUUGGUCCGGUUGCAUCUGAGGCGGAGGGAGUAUAGGCGUGUGCGGGGGUAGGAAUGCGUGGUGGAAUGGAUUUGUGUCAUUUGGCGGUAGCUCUAACAUUAUGGAUAGAACAAACAAGAAAAUACAUCGUGACAGAGAAGAUGUGUAUGCUGUAUGCAAGAAAGUCCAAGAAAGCUUCGGAAGAUUAUGAGCAAGGAAAAAAGAGCAUCCCAUCCACUGCCUAUUGUGCCAUCUUCUCGCGCUUCAACACCAACACGCCUCACGCUCCAACCCCUACACCCGGCAAAGUGAAGUCAAACGGCUUCGCCAACGACGCCAGCACACCGUUCCAUUCCUCCUUUCUCCGCUGCGCCUGCACGACCUGCUCCACCAUCGCCGGCGUCGGCCGGUGCCCAUAGAGGUGGAAGCAGUAGUCGGUGUUGUCGCCCGGUGCGCGGUAGAGGUAGAGCGUG